UGUCACGUGGUUGUCGGGGGCGUGCACAUCACAGCUGAUGUAAACAUUAGGAAAGAAGCUUCGUGUUCAAGCUGGGGACGAUAAACACUCAAAGACAUUUAUAUAGACAGUAUAUAAAUCCAAAAUAACACCACUUUUUGGAUGAAAUCCUUUAUUUGAAAGUAGCAUAGUCAAUAUGGACCUCCAUGUAAAUCUGAAGGUGAAUUUCAGAGGAAACACUGAGACUUUCCUAGUUACAGAUUCGGAGAAGACGAGCUGGGAGUCCAUGGAAGCCAUGCUGAAAACAUCCUUUGGUUUGUGCCAUUUUCAAGUGAAAUACUUUGAUGAGGACAACGAGGAGGUGUCCAUCAACAGCCAAGAGGAAUACCAAGAAGCUUUAAAGAGUGCAGUGAAGCAGGGAAACCAGCUGCAGAUGAAUGUUUACAAGGUGAAAGGCUUGCAGGGUAGAGGAGCAGCAAAGAGGGAGGCCAAAGAAGUGAAAAAUGGAAUCGGGCUGCUCGCGCACUUCCCCUCAAUGGUGAAGACCGUAGACCAGGAAACGCAGGUGACCACCCCCGAGCUGGAUGAGGUGAUUAUGAAAAAGGUCAAGGAAACCAAGGAGCAAGACAUGACCCCAGUGUGGUUCACCUCUUACAUGGAGCAGUUCAAAGACCAAGUUGUGAAGGAGACUGUGGAGAAGCUUUGCCGUGAGUUCUCUGGAGAGUGCUGUUUCCACGCGUCUCCUCCCGUUGUUGCCCAGACCCAGGCAGCCGAGGUCAGCUCAUCCUCGAUUUGUCCCACUGCCCCUGUCCCCGUCUGCAGCAGCUGUCUGGGCCAGGCUUCUGGGGGAGGUUAUCGGUGCAGUGUGUGUCCAUCCUGCACCCUGUGUGAGCUGUGCAGCUUCAGCCACGACCCAAGUCACAACCUGAUCCGGGCCAGGACGCCCCUCUCCAUCCCUGAGUAUGGAGUCUCUGGUGAACACUACAGGUUCCACAGGAGGGGAGACAGAGGCUUCCGGGAGGCGGAGAAGCAGCGUUUGAAGGCAGAGAAGAGGCAGCUGAAGGCAGAAGUGAAGGAGAUCAAGAAGCAGCUCAGGAUGGAGAGGAGCCUGCAGAGGAAUGCACCCAAGGACGGGAGUGCACACCGUGGCCUACUGCAGCCCCGCGGCACCCAGGCCAACAGACCAGAGGGUCCCAAGGUCUGCUGCCCUUCUAUGGUUCCUACAAUGACCGCCCUGUUCCUGGGCGAGAAUCUGCCUGACGGGACCCGUCUGGAGCCUGGCAUGAAGUUCAUCAAGUGUUGGAGGAUGAGGAACACAGGUUCUGUCUGCUGGACCACGGAAACGAAGCUGAAGUUCAUGUGGGGAAGCCUGGCCCUGGCUUCCAGUGAGAAGCAGAAGGAGGUGGCUGUGCCUUUCCUGCAGCCAGGCCAGGAGGGUGUGUUGAGUGUGGCUUUCAUGGCACCUGUGCUGGAGGGCACAUACUCCUCACACUGGCGCCUGGCACACCGAGGGGAGCAGUUUGGCCCCAGGGUGUGGUGCAGCAUCAUGGUGGACCCUGCUGCAGAUGGAGGGCCUCCCCCUCCCCCCAAUACACUGCAGGAGAAGGAGGGCACAUGCUGCCCAGGCUCCGGGGUCUGUGCGCCGGGGCCCACAGUCCACCAGCGGGAGCUUUUCAUUCCUUCCGUGGACCUGCUCACGGCUCAGGAUUUGCUGUCCUUCGAGCUGCUGGACAUCAAUAUCAUACAAGAGCUGGAGAGAGUUCCACACAACACCCCAGUGGACAUGACCCCUUGCAUGUCCCCUCUGCUCCACGAGGGCCCCCUGCAGGAGAAGCCAGGUUUGGGGCUCAUCAAGGACGAGGCUGAGGCCUCGGGGGUGCAGACAAUUCUGGGGAGCGUGCAGGCGGGACCGGCAGAGGCAUCGGGAGUCCCGGCUCAGGAGGAGGGAGAUGGGGACAUCAGCGGGACACAGUUUGUGUGCGAGACAGUGAUCCGGUCCCUGACCCUGGAGGAGGCCCCGGACCACAAGCCCCUGCGGCGACCCCGGCCUGGCGGCGAUAUGGCUGGGUUCCCUGCAGCCCAGGAGUCCCCUCUGGAGAGAGCUGGGAUAGAGCAGGGGGGGACAAGCCUGGAGCCAGUUGUGGAGAAAGGAGCCAGGAUCCUAAAAGACCCACCUCAAGCGCCGGCCUUGACCCCAUCCAGGGAUAUCCAAGAAGAGCCGGCAAUUCCAGAGGAGUAUGGAGAGUUAGAUAUUGAACACAUGACCAUGUUCCCCGUCACCCCAUCUGAGGAGGAGGACGAAGAAGAGGAAGAUGGGGAGCACGACGAAGUGCGCAGCCAGGGUUCAUCGGUGUCCUCCGAGGAUUACAUCAUCAUCCUGCCUGACUGCUUCGACACCAGCCGUCCCCUGGGCGAGUCUAUGUACAGCUCGGCCCUGUCACAGCCCGGCAACGAGGGAGGGGUGGAGACCAACGCCGAGGCUGAACUGGAGGCAGAGCCGAAGGUUGAGUGGGAGGAACGCGGGGCGCCCACCCUCACUUUGCUGCAGUCGAGUAGCGUCAAUGACAUGCUCUGCGCCUCCCAGACGCUGGACACAGUCCCCCUCACCCCAGAGGUGGUACCCGUCCUCACCCCUCCAUCACAGCCACCACCUGCCAAUGCCCAUGUUGUUAGGUCAGCGGCCCGCUGUGCAAUGGAGCUGGCAGCAGAGGCCAUGAGCAUAAAUGAGCCAGCUAGGUCUGAGCAGAUGGUGAACGGCUUCAGUCCAGUGCAGUCACAAGGUCCUGCCAGGCCCUCUGAGACCUGUGACUCACGACCACGGACCUCUCGAGACCUCCGGUGGGACGUGCCACACCGUGGACCACGGGGUAGCUCACAACACAAGAGGUCGCAUGGAGGCAUCUCUGGGGGACUGGUUAAGGGAGCCUUGUCUGUUGCAGCCUCUGCCUACAAGGCCCUCUUCACUGGGCAACCAGGCCCCACACAGCCCCCCGUAGACGUGGCCAGCCAGGAUGCCAGCAUGAUGGCGGUGCUACUGGAAAUGGGCUUCUGCGACCGGCAGCUCAACCAGCGGCUGCUGAGGAAGCACGGCUACAACCUGCUGAACGUGGUCAAUGAGCUGGUUCAGCUGACCGACAACGAGUAGGAGGGAACCACUCAGACCCUCCUGCACCACCCCCCCCCCUCCUACAGGAAAGGUCUCCUGUCAUAGCGUAGGUCAGAUCUACCCAAACUGACUGUGGAAGCAUUGGCGGCUGUCUUUCUGUGUGCGGGGCAGGCCUUGUGUUCACAUCUGAAAAUCUCAUAUAAAAUUGCAGUUUUCCAGGAUGGCUUUAUGAAUGUACCAAUAAGUACACCGGUAAGUAUACUUACUGUGCUAACAGUAAGUAUAAACAGAAAUAUGACAGGCAGAAUAAAAUGGAGGCAUAGAAUGCCUUGAAUGAUAUUAUACCCUCCAGAAUAUUUGUUUGAAUAUCUGCUCAAACAGUAUGUCAUAGCACCACAUUAACCGAGGAAGUGGCAAUAGUUUGCACCCAUUUGCAGAAGAAUGAUGCCUCUAUAUCACCAGCAGUUGAUAAUUCCUGCGAAAAGCAUGCAUGACCAUCUGUCAAAACCAGCUUUCUUUGUCACGCCUGCUAGCCAUUGUUAAGAAAACAGACACAAGGUGGUCUAAAAAGGGAUCAAAUCAGACAGCAUGCUGAAUGUUACUGACCUCCAUGCUGAACUGUUUCAACCUUCCUUAUCUGCAGAGGGCCAAAGGUAAAGCUUGUUAUUGUAAAAAAAAAAAUAAUAAAAUAAAUAAAUAAAAUAAAAAAAAUCUGCAGUGCUUGACAGAAAACAUUCCCAUAUGUCUGUAGAUUUUUAUUUGAAGAGAAGAUUAUUGGCCAUUAAGCUUUUUCAUAUGGUGAUUAUAUUGGUAAAUAAUAUACACUCAGUGAUCACUUUAUUAGGAAGACCUGUACACCAGCUUGUUAAUGCAAAUAUUUAAUCAGCCUAUCAUGCAUAAAACUAAAUGCAUAAAAACAUGCAGACGUGGUAAAGAGGUUCAGCUGUUUUUCAGACCAAAUUUCAGAAUGGGGAAGAAAUGUAAUCUAAGUGAUUUUGACUGUUUAUCUCCUUCACAACAGUCUGUAGAGUUUGCAGAGAAUAAUGCGAAAAACAAAAAACAUCCAGUGAGCAGCUGUUCUGUGGUCAGAAAUGUGUUGUUAAUGAGAGAGGUUAGAGGGUCAAAGCUGACAAUAAGCUACAGCAGCAGAAGACUUGAGUUUAAAAAAUAUAAAAUUGUAUAAGUACCUAAUAAAGUGCACAGUGAGUGUAUAGAAGUAAUGACUGAGCCUUAUAGGGCCAUUAUUUUACAUGGGUUUUGAAGGAUUUGUUUUUUCCUAUAUUCUACACAUUUCCAAUGUUUUAUUUUAGGUCCUGAUAUCCAAUCGAAGAGGUUUGUGUGGUUUUAAAUACAAAAAACUUGUCCAUUCUCUGCUUGUCAUGAUUCUCUGCUUGUCAAUUACAGUCUGUUUUAGUGACUUUCUUAGUGUGUUUAAGGCUCAUUGAUAUCAUGAACCUCUUUUCUGAUUGGCUGGCUAGCUCUAAUGAGCUGAAUGCCAUAUGUACCAAGUGUGGAUUUUGUUCUGGCUACAAGGUGGGCUGUGCUGAACCAAAUUAGUGUAUCGUUGAGAUGUCAAAGUCCAAAUGGCUCGCUUAAAUCUACAUUUUUUCAUACGGUUUGUGUGGAUUUAUGUGUUUUUGUAGCCUUAGAAAGAAAUUAGAAGAAUAUAGGAUUUAAGGUUUGAAAGGAAUAAUGAAAUAGCUUUGGGUGUGGUUUUGAAUUUUAGGUUUUUCUCUAUCCAUUUUCUGAUUUUCCUGGGGGUUUUUUUAUUAUUUAUUUGAAAAUGCAUUUUUCUCUUCAGAUUCACUUUUGUUGGCUCACUUAAGUACAGCAUAUAACAGGCUGGAUUCUAUCAGUUUGACAGAAGAGCUUCUUGAACUUGACUAACUUUUUGUGCAUGGGACACUAAUCAUGUUAGAGCCCUAAAACUGAAUGCACACACCCUUCAUAUUUUGCCUGAAAGCUUCAAGGUGCUGCUUCAGUGCUGCCUUCAUACAUAGAUUGGCAAUCAUGUCUGGCCUUUUCUUGGGAAUUGCCCAAAGAACGUAAACCCUGAAUGCACAAGAGUUAAUGUACACAUAGAAAGUUAAUGUAUGUUGAAAUGAAGUGCUGAAAAGAGCUGUAUUUUUUCAAAGAGGAAGUGGAGUUACAUAAGCAGAGUAAGUUUUUUUUAAUUUUUUUUACAGCAUUAUGUCCAUUAGGUACACCUCACUUCCUUUCCACUGCCCUUUUGUUAUCAGUGAGUAUUCUGACUUGCAUUGCAACAAAAUACAACUCCUCUGCUUGAAAGUAUUGACUGGAGACAGGAAUUUAGAUACUGGAAAUGCUGGCAGGGGAGAGUAGAGGUUUUUUUAAAUGGUGGCUUUCAAAAUCAUCAAACUAAUCCUUGUGGAAGUAGUUGUCAACUGAUGUGAGUGUCAGUUGUCACAUGCAUUUGUGAGGACAUUCAAGCUAGUUGUUUUUUUUAAUCACACUUUGAUUCGGAUCCCCGUCGGGUGGAGGUGCUCUAUUUUUGUAGGCUAAUGGCAGAGAAAAAACGUGAAUGUAUCUGAAGAGUAAUUUAGAAUAUUAAGAAACUUAGGAUCAUUUUAGCUUUGCUAAACAGUACAAUUGUAUUAAAUAUAUUUAUAUAUUGCUGGGGGAAAACCAUUUUUUGAACAGUAAAUGAUGCUUUCCUUGUGUUGGAGCAUAACUGUUAAUCUAAAGAAAAAAUAGCAGACAAGGAGCAAGGUACUUUUCUAGGUGUUCAUGGGCCUGUCAUUUUGACAGACAUUUGUCUCAUCCCAUAGGGAAUCUUAGAUUGCCUUCAGUUUAACCUCUUUUCUCAUCUUUGGAUGUACAGAGGAAUGUCUGUUCUGUUUAUUCUGUUUAAUUUCCCCAUUAACCAUUAAUGGAUGAGUUCAUAACUUAUUUCUCUGAAAUAUGGUUCAUAUUCACAGCUAUCAAAAGAUCUUCUACCAGUGCACCGGGUCCUUUGAUGUUUGUACAUUCAGAAGGAGGAACUAUUCAUGACACUGAAAUUGACUGGUUGAAAUGUUCUGGCUUAAUUUUCUGUGAAGAAAGCACUGAAUAUCUAUCUGACACAAAGAAACACAGAUCAGCUCAACUGGGGGCAACAAGUAAUUUGUAUGUGCUUUGUGAGAACAGGAGGAACUGCAUUCAUGCACUUACUGUAUUGCAUAGGGUAAUGACUUCACACACAUAUGUGAUGUAAAACUUAUUGCUGAUAUGAUUUAAUAAAGAAUAAAGACAAAAUCUCUGUGUAACCAAA